AUGGCGGCAGCCGCCCCGAACCAUUACCCUCAGAUUGGUCCAAAUUCCAUUAUCCCUCAUACUUACCUGAAGCCGACAAACAAUUCCUCCCUGUUUAGGUUUACAUACAGGCCCCGGCCCUGUUCUUCGCUGGACUCACAAACACAAAGAUUCAAUCUUUCAGAUGGGAACACCAGCAAUCGACCAAGAUUAAUGUCUCUUACAGUUAGAUCGACAGUCGACCUCCGAGCUAGGCCAACUGGUGGAAUAAUAUCUGAAACUUUCUCCAGAUUGAAAGAGCAAGGCCAAAUUGCAUUGGCGCAUUUACCAUCAAAGGACAAGGACCCUUCGACAACAGUGGCAGCAUUGAAGUGUCUAGGAGCAACUCAUUCUGAUGCUUGGGAUGAUGAUCCAGAUACACAGGAUGCUCUGGCGGCAGGGGCAACAAAAAAUGAUACAGUAUUGUCCAUGCGGAAGAGUACUGGAUCUCAGUUUAUUUGUCCAAUUGCAACGUUGAUAUACUAUAAUGAAAGACUUAAGUGUGGUGUUGAAAAGCUCAUGGCCACUGUCAGAGAUGUCAAAGAACAAGGAAAGAAGAAAUUACCACUCAUUCUUGGCUCAGUUGGAGCUGGAUGUGUGCUUUUCAUGCUUGCAAAUGGGAGUUACAAGAAAGGAAUUUACAAUUAUGCACAUUUUCCUUCAUGGAACUCCUCAGGAAUAGAAUUUGAAGAUGAAAGCGUUGACUUAGGAGGAGUACGUAUCUUCAGUGUCUCUGAACUUAAAAAGGCUACCAACAAUUUUGAUCCCACUACUAAACUUGGUAGUGGAGGUUUUGGAGCCGUUUACCUCGGCAUACUUCCUGAUGGAACAGAGGUUGCAGUGAAGUGUCUCUAUAGACACCAUAAGCAAGAGGAACAAUGUAUGAAUGAGGUUGCGCUUCUGACCCCUUUGACACAUCCGAAUCUAGUUACCCUCUAUGGCCGCACAUCUAGGCGUAGUGGUAAACUUCUCCUCGUUUAUCAGUAUGUUCCUAAUGGCACACUUGCGGAUCAUCUUCAUGGCGAUAGAGCCAACGAUAAGCACCUCACGUGGGAUCUCCGGAUGAAAAUUGCCAUUGAAACUGCUGAGGCAUUGGCCUACCUCCAUGCUUGGGGUAUAAUUCACCGCGAUGUGAAGACCAACAACAUACUCCUCGAUCAUAACUUCUGUGUCAAGGUUGCCGAUUUUGGACUUUGUAGGCUUAUCCCAGCUGAGGCCACUCAUGUCUUCACCGCUCCUCAGGGUACUCCUGCAUAUAUUGAUCCUGAAUACUGUCAAUCUUGGCAACUUGGUAACAAAAGUGAUGUGUAUAGCUUUGGUGUUGUCCUCGCUGAGCUCAUCUCGUCAAUGCCUGCCUUUGAUAGACGCAGACCUGAGACCCUUUUGGCUAACUUGGCUGUUGACAGGAUUCAGAAAUGUGCAUUUGAUGAUUUGAUUGAUCCAUCUCUUGGGUACAAGACGGAUGCUGAGGUUUUGAGGAUGACAACAUCUGUAGCAGAGUUGGCUUUUCGUUGUUUGCAGCUUGAGAAAGAAAUGAGGCCUACGAUGGAGGAAGUCCUGGAAUCCUUGAAAGAGAUCCAGAACUUGAAACAAAUCUGA